AUGGAGUUCGCUGCACUCCCAGUGAUCGAAACCCACGGGCGACCUUGGAUUAUGCUCAAUAUUCUCAACAUUGGAUUCGAACAUGCCGUAUACUUCAGCAUUGACGACCACAAGAUGUGGAUUGUUGCAAACGACGGCGGCUUCAUCAGGCCUAAGCUCGUCGACGUUCUCUACAUCACGAACGGCGCCCGCUACACUGUAUUGGUAAAGCUGGAUCAACCAGGCGACGACUACACGAUGCGACUCGUAUCGACCAGCAAAUAUCAAAACCUCCAUGGGUAUUCGAUUCUGAGAUAUCCCGCGUUGCGCUACCCAGCUCAUGGGGCGCCGAUGGAAAUUCAGAAUCCACCAAGCGGCUCGCCGCCAUGUGUAAGACCCGAUGGCGUGGUUGCACCCUCAUGCAAAAUGGCGUCGACGGCAUCUAUGGCACCAUACGCGCUCGUUGCACCCCCAAAGGCUAAUCGCACUCUUCACUUCAAGAUUGACCAGCAGCCUUCGCGGUACGAGAGACACGUUACCGAAUUCUUUCUGAACCAGAAGCCUUGGCAACUGUACCACUCACAGAUGGGACCGCUGCUAUUCGUUGAAAACGUCUCGGCCGUGGAGCCCCCCGUGGUGGGUGGUUUGCCGUGGGGAACCACAGUCGACGUGAUAGUCCAGAACACAGUCGACGAAGUGAUGCCACUCUACAAGCACGGCGACCCCAUUUUCCUUGUCGGUUCCCAGCCCAACGCAACCUGGAAAUGGGACACCGUGGAACAUGCGCUCGCAGCCGGAGUAAAGCACCUCAAUGUCCGAGAUCCCCCUUUGCAGCUGGUUCAUGAUGUGCCACCCCUGGGUUGGGCAGUACUCCGGUGGCAGAUUCGGGUCCGUGGGGCCACCAUGCUACACUCCAACAAGUUCAAAUACUACGCGAUGGGCAUGUCUGUACCCCUGCUGGAGGGCAUGAACUCAAGCAUGCGGGACGAGGUGCCAGACCAUGUGAAGCACAUGCCGCAUGUUGAAUUCGCGCCGAAGAAUGAUGGAGUGUUUGGUUAA